CCUCUUUCUAUAUAUGGAAGUAAAACUCACCACUCUGUUUUCCAUGUUUUGCUUAAAUAUAUAAAUGUUUGUUAUAAAUUACAUGUAACUCACAAAUUUAGUAUAAAACAUAAAACCUAGAAACUAUGAACUAUUUUUAAUUUAGUAUUUUAAUCAUUGUUUUUGAUAUUGUGGUUCAUUGAUUAACAAACGUUAAAUUCUAUGCUAUCUGUAAUAUUUUAUGAUUCAUUUUGAUCUCUUAAAUUUUGAUCCCUCCGUUGACAAUCCAAUUACCGUGUUUGAUCCAUUUUUGGUGGCUUAAGAAAAUCACAAUCGAUCACACUUCUUCACCGAUUUCUUCUGUUGAUGGGUGAAGAGAGUGAUGAUUCCAACAAAUCCAAUCCAAAACUAACCUUAUUACCUCUCAUUGCUCUCAUCUUCUACGAAGUUUCCGGCGGUCCUUUCGGAAUCGAAGAUUCUAUCAAAACCGGCGCCGGUCCUCUUCUCUCCCUCCUCGGUUUCUUAUUUUUCCCUCUCAUUUGGAGCGUUCCUGAAGCUCUCGUCACCGCCGAACUCGCCACCACUUUCCCUCACAACGGUGGUUAUGUCCUUUGGAUUUCAUCCGCUUUUGGUCCCUUUUGGGGCUUCCAAGAAGGCUUUUGGAAAUGGUUCAGUGGCGUCAUGGAUAAUGCUCUUUACCCUGUUUUGUUCCUCGAUUACUUGAAGCAUUCUUUUCCGGUUUUUAACUUAAUGAUGGCUAGAAUUCCUGCUCUUUUAGGAAUCACUUUUUCACUUACUUAUUUGAAUUAUAGAGGUCUUCACAUUGUUGGUUUCACUGCUGUUUUGUUAGCUGUUUUCUCACUUUCGCCGUUUGCUGUUAUGGCGAUUCUUUCUGUUCCGAAACUUAGGCCGAGGCGAUGGUUUGUUGUCGAUUUUAACAAAGUGAAUUGGCGUGGUUACUUCAAUAACAUGUUCUGGAAUUUGAAUUACUGGGAUAAAGCUAGUACUCUUGCAGGGGAGGUUGAAAAUCCGAGUAAAACUUUUCCAAAAGCGCUUUUUGGAGGAAUUGUUUUGGUGAUAUGUUCGUAUUUGAUUCCACUGCUUGCAGGGACUGGUGCUUUGAGUUCAUCUCCAACUGAAUGGGCGGAUGGUUAUUUUGCUGAAGUGGGGAUGUUGAUUGGUGGAUUUUGGCUUAAACUGUGGAUUCAAGCCGCGGCUGCUAUGUCUAAUCUCGGUUUGUUUGAAGCAGAAAUGAGUAGUGAUGCUUUUCAGCUUCUAGGCAUGAGCAAAAUGGGAUUGCUUCCAGCUGUUUUCGCAUCAAGGUCUAAGUAUGGAACACCGACUGUUAGUAUUUUGUUCUCUGCUACUGGAGUUAUAUUCUUGUCAUGGAUGAGCUUUCAGCAAAUAGUAGAGUUCCUCAAUUUCUUAUAUGCUAUAGGAAUGCUUCUCGAGUUUGCAGCUUUUAUAACAUUGAGAUUGAAGAAACCAAAUCUUUGCAGACCUUAUAGAGUUCCGUUGCAAACAUUUUGGGCGGCCAUGCUUUGUUUGCCUCCAGCUUUGUUGCUUAUACUUGUUAUGUGUCUGGCUUCUUUGAGGACGUUAUUUGUGAGUGGAGCAGUAGUAAUCGUCGGAUUUGUACUGUACCCAAUCUUGAUUCAAGCCAAGGAUAAAAAUUGGUUACUAUUUGAAGCUGAACAACUUUCAUCACCUUCCAAUGGUUGGCAGGAAUGUAUUGUUUCAGAAUUGGUUGAUAAUGAAAACAAGGAUGCUGAGCUUCUUGUGAGCUCACCAUUGCCUAUUGUGGAAGAAGAAUUGUCGUUAAUACAAAGUGAUUCUAACCCAAGCUAGAGUCUUAUCUUGACAUAUUUUGUGGACAAUUGACAUAAGAUUGUUACAUAUAUUUUGUCGGAGGUAGCAAGAAAUGAAUAUGGUUUUUGAGUAUGCUGUUGAUUAGAGUAUCCAGAUGGGCCAGGGUAAAACAAUUGUUCAAAGAGCAGCGAGAGGCUGUGACCAAAUCUUCUACAUUACAUUGUAACUUACCAUCAAUUUUAUAGAAUUUUAGUUAUUUUAGUUCAAAGAAAAUACUUAAAACAUGUUUGUUUCUGCAUUUUAAACCCUUUCACUGAACACCCAACAAUCUUUUCAAGGGAUAGCAUUUGGUUCGA